AUGGCACCAACAAGUAAUGUGACUGUGAAAGAACUAAGUGCCCGUAUGGAUAAGUUGAGUGAGCUGUUUCAUAAUGGUAUGAAGGAGCUGGAAGAUAAUUUUAAUUCCGAGGCAAAUGCAAGUACUUCUAGGUCUGAUAAUAGUAAUAAUGAUAUAUUAUUUGGAAAACUCAAAGUAUUCGAGAAAUCUAUUAAUGAUUCACUCAAUCUAUUCAAAAAUGAUCUUGAAGUUUUGAAAAUUGAGAUGAACAGCAUAUCAGACAAAAUGAAUAACAUAGAAAUGCAAAGAAAUAAUCAGUUCCUGAUAAUUCAUGGAUUCAAAGAGGAUAACGAUCACAUCUUAGAUGGUUUAUUGAAUCUUUUCAAUACCAAAUUAGGAAUCGAUAUAAACAAAUUUGAUAUUAGUCAUGUAUUUCGCAUGGGAAAAAAUACUGCAAAAACUAGACCUGUUGCUGUUAAAUUCGUUCGUCGCUGGAUGCGUGACCUUGUUUUUUCUAACAAGAAAAAAUUCAAAGGUUCAUCGAUUGUUGUCACUGAAAUGUUGACGACGGAUAACAUGAAGAUCUUUCAGAAGGCCAGAUCACACUUCAAAAAUGCUGCUUGGACUUUCAAUGGAUUAACCUACGUCGAAUAUGGUGGCGCUAAGAAAGUUUUGAAGUGUGAAAAUGAUGUAGAUAUUUUGAUAAACUCCUGA